AUGGGUGCGUUAGAAGACGACGACGAAAAGGCUGCGGCGCGUGGAAAGACGUGGCGAAGUGACGAGGAGCGCGAGAUGGCUUCAAAGAGUGUAGCCAAAGCAGCGGAAACGGCUGAUGUAAACGAAAGCUGCGCGGGGAUCGGUAGCGUAAAUGAGACGUUUGGUCAUCAAGCCGAUGCUGAGGUCCCGUUCGCAACCUUCGACAAGCGGUCGUCUGCUGGAGAUUGCUCCGUGCCCGUCGUGACAACACUGGGCUUGGACAGCCUUCUGGACGACUGCCCAGACUGGAAAACGGCUAUUCUAGAUGCUACUGUCGACCUCGACAACAGCAUGCCGGGGAGAGCCUCUUUAACAGCGCAUCUGUUUGCGGAGCCGCUGGCCAGUGCGAUGGCUGCAGGGGAUGUGGCUCGAGACAGUGCAAGAUCAGAAGAAAAGUUCGGCAACUCUAAUCCAAGCAGCCAGCUUCUGCAGCCAGAUUCGGGUGAAGCGCCACUCGAAGAUGCGUUCUCGGUGCUGCUGUGCCAGUGCUUGAGCGCCAAAGUCUCGACUGAAGAUGACUGUGUCCUGGGUGGAUACUUCGCGGUGGUGGAUGAAUGUCUCGGACGUGGUGCAACCGACGACGAUUGCAUGGUUGUCAUGGAUCAAGCGUGA